AUGGCACUCUCACUAUCGAGCCUCCUCCUUCCGCUCUCCCUACUACUAUCAGUCGCUACCUGCGCGACCGUCACAUAUGACUUCGACAUAGCAUGGACUUAUGCGAACCCCGAUGGGCAGGAAACGCGCCCGGUUAUUGGAAUCAACGGCCAAUGGCCUCUACCACCCAUCGUAGUCACCAAAGGCGAUCAGGUUAUCGUCAACGCAAAGAACUCUCUAGGAAAUGAGUCGACGAGUCUGCACUUUCAUGGCUUGUACAUGAACGGAACUACGCACAUGGAUGGUCCUGUUGCUGUCACACAAUGCGGGAUUCCCCCAGGUAGCUCGUUUACAUACAACUUCACCGUCGAUCAACCCGGCACAUAUUGGUACCACAGCCAUGAGCGCGGCCAAUACCCAGAUGGUCUUCGUGGCCCUCUCAUUGUGCAUGACCCCGAAGACCCAUUCAAAGAUCUCUACGACGAAGAAGUCGUCAUAACACUUUCUGAUUGGUACCACAAUCUCAUGCACAAUCUCUUGGGCGAAUUCAUCAACAUCGCCAAUCCUUCCGGCGCGGAGCCCGUACCUCAAGCCGCAUUGCUCAAUGACACUCAAAACUUGACUGUCGCCAUUCAACCAGGAAAGACGUACCUCUUCCGCUUGGUCAACAUGGGUGCCUUCGCUGCCCAGUACGUCUGGUUCGAGGAUCAUACCAUGCGCGUUGUCGAGGUCGAUGGCGUGUACACGGAACCCAUGGAGGCAGAUAUGAUCUACCUGACCGCAGCUCAGCGGUAUAGUGUUCUCGUCACUGCCAAGAACAACACCAAUUCCAACUUCGCCUUUGUAGGAAGCAUGGACCAAGACUUGUUCGAUGCUAUACCCGAUGGGCUGAAUCCCAAUGUCACGGGAUGGCUUGUCUACGAUGAUAAAAAGGAUAUGCCUGCCGCGAAGGAGAUAUCGGCAUUUGAGCCUUUUGAUGAUUUUACUUUGGUACCGCACGAUAAGGAAGAGCUGUUUGAUCAUGUUGAUCGUUCCAUCACGCUGGACUUGAAGAUGGACAAUCUCGACGAUGGGGCAAAUUAG